GAGGUUCCGUCAAGUGUGAAUCCACCUAUAUAUUGAUGUUCCGUGCGAACUGCUGACAUUAUUGCAGUCUGGGAUUAAUUGAUAAUAGCUAUGAGACUACGAACUAUCGAUAGUUUCUUCGACUUUCAACUCAUAUAUUAUCUGUGGCUUACAAACCGCCAGUUUUGUUUGGGUGGUGUUUUGAUUUGGUUGUAUGUUUAUCCAACCUAGUGUGCAGUCUGCAAUAGUCAGUGGUACGGAGUUUAUGUGCCAUUGAUAACAAGUGAGACUGUUACUUCAAGAUUGUAUACGAUUUACAAACCACCAGUUUUGUGUGUGAUGAUUUAGUAUCUAAAAUGCUUGUCAACACGUAAAGUUUGUUUUUUGUAAUCGUACAGAGCAAUUUAAAUGGAUCCUCCACAAUAUCUAGACAACCAAGCAUUGUUGAAAGGAGAAUAUGAGACACAAUUUUUCGGAUUUUCCUCGAGAGUUUUAUUCGUGCACCUGAAGGACUGCAUAAAUGAUAUUUUUAGUAGCCAUGCAACAAGUUUACAAGAUUCCUUGAUAAAGAAACGGGGAUGUGAUGAAAAUGAAGCUAAAUCUGCAACAGACAUGUUGAUCCGUAAGUGUGAAUGUGCUCUUCAAGCACAUAGUGAUGAUUUGCAGAUAGCCUGUGAUUCGAAUUUUGGAAUCCCAAAUGGUGUUUUGCUACCUGAAGAUGAUGCGCAGAAAGUUCAAUAUUCAAGUGAAGAAGCUGAAAAUCUCGAGAGAGAGAUAGAUUGUCUGAUGACUAGGUUAACCAGGGCAAAGGCCAUGAAAUGCCAUUUGGCCAAUGAAUUAGAGGAAUUUGAAAAAUUGAAACCCGUAAUAGAAAAGAUGCACAAUCUAAGACUGGAGGUAUUAAAGAAUUUGGUUAAACAAGUGACGCAACAUGAACAGCAAUUGAAGAGACUAUCGAAAGUGUCAAAAUCAAUCUGUUCAGUUACCAGCAAAACAACAACGGAUAAAACAGACUUUCCUCAUAAAUUAGUCAAAGACAAAUUCCGUUGUUCCCCUCCUGAAUAGUCAUGUAUUGGUGUCUGGUGUGUUUCUAUACUGUGCUAAAUUCUUAAUCAGUGGAGUCUGUAAUUUGUUUUAUAUCCAUAUUUACUUUGCUAAGCUGUUCAUUUACCUCAUUCCUCACUAAAUCACACUUCUUGAUUAUCUCAGAGUGUGAGCCACCUUUUAACUUUUGUAAAGUGGAUUUUAAUUUUAGUAUUUUUUGAUUUAUCUGAGCCUUAUCCUGAGUCUGAGUCUCAGAAAUAUGUUCUUCCGACUUAUUGGCUUAUUGGUCUGUAUUCUUAUUAGUUGUAUUCAAUUUGAAAUUCAGGUCUGUAAUUAAGUUAUACAUUAGCAUUAGUUAUAUCCAGCUUGACAUUUACAUCAGUAAGAACAUUUUCAAACUCGAGUGUUUAAGUUACUGUUUAGUUCUCGAGGAGCAGAUAUUUCCUCUCACAAAGUUGCUGCAAUUGCCAUCUCGUGUUGAAGAUGUGUGCCGUCCCUCGGCAUGGCUCAACACAUGAAAAUAAUAGUAAAAACCCCACACAACACCUGUACCUUUACACUUGACACCUAAUUUUGUAACUCUUCAGUUGCAACUAUCAUUUGUUAAUAAGGAGGUUAAGGAGGUGUAGGGAUACUCAUCACUCCUUUGGAGUGGUAUGCAGGAUGACCUAAAAAAAACACUGACAAGGUUUAGGGACAGGUUCCUUAUACAUAAAUAAGUAAAGAAGUCUAAUAAACAUGGGCUGUAAAAUGCAUACCUUAAGAGGUAUUAGCACUUGUUCAUCUUCAAUACUAUGAAAUAGAUCUCUUGUAUUGUAAGGUCUUUACUUUCUAUAUUUUGGGAGUAGGUACUGACCAAAACAAGAAAAAAGUCUUAUAAACAUGGAGUCCAAAAUGCAUACUGUAAUUGCUAGGAGCACUUGUUCAUCUUCACUAGUGUGAAACACAUUUCUUGUACUGAACAAUUGCUCAUAACUGUUAAAGUAUGCAUUUUAGAGCCCAUGUUUACUAUCUAUUUUUCUUGUUUUGAUCAAUACCAGCUCCUCGCAAAAUAAGAAAAGCAAAGAGCUUGCAGCAGAAGAGAUGCGUUUCAUAGCAUUGAAGAUUAAUAAGGGCUCACAUCUCUCAUAGUUUGUGCUUUAGAGCCUGUGUUUACUAGACUUUUUUUCCUUGUUUUGGUAUACUAGAGCCUAUCCCUAAAGCUUGUCAGGAUGUUUUUUUAAAGGGGGGGGGGGGGGGGGGGGUUGCUGGGACCCUGUAUAUCACCACAAGGCCCAAGAUUCUUUCAUUGUCUCAUAUCGGUGUGUGACAAAGGUGGUAGAAUUUAUCUAUCUUUAUAGAACAGAAACAGAUUUUAAUAUAAUAGUGAUUUAUAAAAUGUACAAAUCAAUCACAUAAUAUAUAAUUUCAUUUUUAUUUGACAGUUGAAAUAUAUAUAUAUAUGUAUAUAUAGGUAUAAUAAUGAUAUUUAUAUAUAUGGAGAAAAUAAAUCUCACAGUUAUUGUAUAUAAUUUUCAUGAACUGUAGCUUUGUUGAGUGGUAACACUAAAAAAUAAAAUUUUUAUGGAAAAAUAUGAAGUUUCGGUCACAGAACCGAUGUUAUAAUAUUGCUUAAUAUAUCACAUAAAAUUCAAUAAUGGUAUUAUUAAUAUUUUGUACUUGAACACAAUACACCCAAUAAAUGUGACAUCAUUGCACAGUUAACAAUCUUAUCAUGUAAAUGCUUCUUGUGUGAAAUAAUCAGAGAUGUUUUUCAACAACUUAAUACAGCUGCAUUAAAUGCUCAUGGUAUGUAAUAGUGAAUAAAAAGAAAACUGACAAUCUGAGCCAUCAAGGAAUGGUCAAUUUGGCAAAAUGUAUGGAAGUGUGAGGCACAAAAAUUGUAGACGGAGGCCAAAGCUGGAGUAGAGUUAAGUUCAGACGGAUGUAGGUUGCAAUAUUUACAAAGAGAUGAAGAGACUUGCACAGGAUAGACUAGUGUGAAGAGUUUAAUCUAAUGAGUCUUCAGACUGAAAACUCCCUAUUACAACAGUGAUAACAAAAACAACGAAUAUGUGCUCUAAUGAUGUCUAAAUAUAAUGAUAUAAAUAAA